CUCAUCAGCAGCGGUUCUGGGGAGCGGGUUAAUGCAGCACCAAAAGGCUUUCUAACUGGAUUUUUGUUGGAUUCCUGCUGGUUUUAGAGGUUCAACAUGAAUUUUUCUGAUGCUAAAUCAGAGCUGAAGCAGCUGCUGAGCAGACUGAGUCCGCCUGCGCUCGCGCAGCUGGUGGACUGGAUGAAAAACUCAGACGAGUUGGACGAGCUGCUUGUGGACAAUAGGAGGGUGAUGCUGCAGAGUAUUGCAGAUGACUUGAGAAGUAGUUUACCAUUGAAUGCAAUGUUGUCCUCUGAGACUGCUGCCUAUCAUAAGAUGGAGCAGCGGUCACAGCCAAUGGUUCACGUGGACGGUUUCCUCUACGAUGAUGAGCAGGUGGACUCCAUGUGUGAAAAGGGGAUCAUGAGCCGGAACUAUUGCCUCAGCUGCGGGUCCCACAGGACUGCGCCUUUGGACUUCAUCUCUCACUCAUUCUCUGUGACAGAGCUUCAGUUCCUGUUCCAGUACGUUCUUCCAGAUCUCAGUGGUCGGACACUGGUGGACGUAGGCUCCAGACUGGGUGCUGUACUAUAUGGGGGUUACGUGUACAGCUCGGCCUCUCGGCUGCUCGGCCUGGAGAUCUGCGAGGAUUUCGUCAGGCUGCAGGACAACUUGCUGCACAAAUACAGGCUGACUGACAGAGUUGAGGUCCUCCAUGCUGACGUCUGCACGCAGGACAUUCUGCUGCAAAAUGCAGAUGUUGUGGUCAUGAAUAACGUCUUUGAGUACUUCAUGGAGCCCGACCAACAAGUCAGAGCAUGGAGAUUCAUCAUGCAGAACUUCCGGAAGAAAGGAUCUCUGCUGGUCACUGUUCCCAGUCUGCAUGAGAGUCUGAACACCCUGCAGGAGGUGCUGCAGCCUGCCUGGGUGGAGGAACUUCCUGUCAACUAUGAUGUUUACCUCGGCAGAGACACAGACCCUGAUGCUCUCAGGCAGAUCCACCUAUACAGGGUCAUCUGAUCUGGUCUGGACUUGUUUGAUCCCUGAUCUUGGUUGAAAUAGUGUUGGCUAAUUUAGACUGUUUGAACCAGACAGCAGUGAGCUGUACUGGACUAGUUUCAACUAAUUAAAUCCAUUAUGCGAAUUAAACCGGUUAGGAGGAGUUGAACUUAUCUGGGUUGGUUAGAGCUGGACUCUUUCUACCCUGGUCUGCGCUUUGUUUGAACUGGUGUGGACUGCAGGUUAUAUUACAAUGUUAUCAAAGAAACUCGGGCUUCGUCUCAAUGCUCGAGUUGCACUUGAAAAAAACGACAGUGUUGAUUUUAGAUGUCGAUUCAGUUUUAACCACGUUUGUGUUUUCACAUGAAGGGGAUAUCACAAACAUGGACAGGUAAAUGUGGCAACAUGAGGAAAGUCUCAAAGUGUUCAUCCCACCAGAGCUCUGAAUAAGUGCCCUUUUCCACAAACCAAGGUCAGCAGGAUUUUCCAGGAAUGGGGGCGCUGUUUUCCAAAAACACUCAUUGGUCAGAAUGUGGAGCAUUCUUAUGUGUUGAUAUAUUUAGAAUGCAUUCUGCUCUGAGCAGGUGAGAGAUGCAGAAUAAUCAGUGAGAUGUUAGUAGAGGUAAAAUGUGCAACCGUACAAACUAUAUGGAGGCACAGGAAACUGCUGAUGCAGAUGUUGAGAUGGUGAACUGAAGCCAGAAUAUAAAAAUGUAAUGCAAGGAAUCACUCUUAUUUUAAUUAUUCAAAUUAUUUUUAAUAAGGAUUAAAAUCCUUUGCUGUCAGUGACUGCCUGAAGUCUAGAACUGUUGCUGCCAAGACUUUGCUUUACUGCAGCCGCCUUCAGUUGUGGACCACGAAUUCCUAAUCCCUAUCCCACAGUCAUUUCAGAAAGUUCUGAAAGAUCAAUCAAUGUGAUUGCUGUAAACAUAUAAUGCAGCCGCAGGAUGACUGCACUCAUCUCUGUGCUCCAACAUUCAGAAGCUUCUGCAUUUUGGUUUAUGUUAGAGAGCAGAUACAAGGCUCAUACAUGUUUAAUAAAUCUGACUUUUCUUGUUGUGCACUUCCCCUUAAGUUUUGUGCUCACAUACACGUUUAGUACAGAUCCUCACUGUCCUUUAUAAAUGAGACCUUUGUCUGAACUGCUUUAGACAGGAUUGUGUGUAUAUGUAAGAAAUGAUACUGCGCAGUAUCUUAGCUGUUCCCAGGACUGCGUUCUUCUGGACAAAGAUCUCAGAUGUUUUUCCAGGAACCUGCUGGAGCCAUUCUCCCAGUUUGGGGGUCACUGUCCCGAGUGUUCUGAUUACCACAGAGACCACUGUUACUUUUACCUUCCACAAAAUUACAACAAGUGUUAUGUUUCCACAUGUAAUAAUACAAAAGAAUGGUAGCAUUCAUUGUACAUUAAUUCAGAGUGUCUACUUAUAACAGUGUUACAGGCUUUUAUUGUGUCAUGAUGAAAAAAAAAAGCCAUCUUCAGUCACAGCUUGAAAACCAAGUUUGGUAACCGUACAUAUUUAUGCACAGAUCCCCAAGAAAACCAGAAAAUAAUCACUUUGGUGAAAUAUUUUAUCUAAAAAAAAAAAUGGUGGACUAAUGGACGAAUAGAGCAUCAAACUUUACAGGUAUGCAGAAAUAGUCACUGAAAUGCAUAACUCAUCACUCUUUAUAGAAAGGGUUUUAAUCAAAAAAUAAUGGCUUUCAAGUGUGUGUAAAUAUAUUUUUUAUGAUUUGAUUUUGACCCAAAUUUGAGAUUGU